CAUUUAUUCUUCCUCUUCCUGUGAUUAUUCAACGAGUAGACUGAAAUUCUGCAGAAUUUUAAAAAUAUACAUUUAUUAAACAGGAUGGCUCUCAGAUUAUUUUCAAAAGUUAAGGUGAUCCCGGAUCUUCGAAAUGUUGCUUUUGCUAGCUCAGCAGCAGCGCCUGCUGAACUAUCCGAUUUUGAUAUGCAGCAUAAGACCCCAGUUAUUCGUAAGCAGCAAUUGAUCCCAAAGGCCCAUUAUGGGGGUCGUCAUGCUGUUACCAUGCUUCCAGGAGGGGGAAUAGGCCCCGAAUGUAUGGGUCACGUACGGGAUAUUUUUAAAUAUAUUGGUGCCCCUGUUGACUUUGAAGUGGUAGAUAUUGACCCAACAAUGGACAAUGAUGAUGAUGUUCAAUAUGCUAUUACAACCAUUAAAAGAAAUGGUGUUGGUCUCAAGGGCAACAUUGAGACUAAAAGCGAGGCUGCCUAUGUGACAUCACGGAAUGUCGCACUCCGUAAUGAGUUAGAUAUGUAUGCAUAUGUUCUUCACUGCAAGUCUUUUAUUGGGGUGCCAACCAGACAUAAGGAUAUUGAUAUUCAUAUUAUCAGGCAAAACACAGAAGGUGAAUAUGCAAUGUUGGAACAUGAGUCAGUUCGAGGAGUUAUUGAAUCUAUGAAAGUAGUAACGGCUAGUAACUCUGAAAGGGUUGCUAGGUUUGCAUUUGAAUUUGCAAAGAAAAAUGGCAGAAAGAAGGUUACAACUGUCCACAAAGCCAAUAUUAUGAAGUUAUCUGAUGGUCUCUUUUUGGAGACAUCAAGACGUAUGGCAGAAGAAUACCCAGAGAUUGAACACAACGACAUGAUUAUUGACAAUUGCUGUAUGCAGCUUGUGGCUAAACCUCACCAAUUUGAUGUGAUGUUAAUGACAAACCUCUACGGGUCUAUUGUGUCUAAUGUGGUGUGUGGUCUUCUGGGCGGGGCCGGUCUACUCUCAGGGAGGAAUUAUGGCGAUCACUAUGCGGUAUUCGAACCUGGUACUAGGAACACUGGCACAGCAAUUGCCGGCAAAAACAUCGCAAACCCAAUCGCAAUGAUCAACGCAUCUAUCGACAUGCUUGAACAUUUGGGACAUCACUUCCACGCUGGCUUACUGCGUAGGGCUCUCAAUAAGACAGUGAACAUCGACAGGGUGUUGACACCAGAUGUGGGUGGCAGCAACACUUCGUCGGAGGUCGUGGAUUCGAUUAUAGGUAACAUUGGAAAGUCUUAGGUUGGUAGACGGGAUGUUGGACGCGGCGAAUAAUGCUUGAUGAUAUUAUAUUAUUAUGUUUUUGUUUUUUUUACAUUUUGUUUGGUUUGAAAAGUGGAUUAGAAUUGCUUUUCAAAUAUUACAAAUUAAUUACUUAAAAAAAUGUAUUUAAAUUUCUAAAUAAUUGUUAUCUUAAAUAAUGUCUUUCAAAAUAAAUUGUUAUUUGCGUUUUCGCUGCGUUCAAAUGUAACAUCUAUUUGCACAACAUUUAAAGUGUGUACAAUAUUGUCUAGUAAAUUUUGACGAAUCUAAAUUAUGUAAUUACAUUUUUUUUAUAAAAAUUUACAUAAAUCGCUUUUAAUCAGAACUCUUUUGAUAGUGGUAUAUUAUGAAUUUUUAGAUUUUUUUUCUGUGUUUAGUUAAAUUGGUUCAAUAUUUGUUAAAAUUAAAGUGUUGUGCCUUUUUAAUUGUUUAAAGCCUUAGAAACCCCAGUUGUGUUUUCUUGCUUUUUUAUAUUAUACCAUAGACAAUGCAAGUAUUUGCUUCCUUUUCUUAUUGCCAAAAUGAUAUUGGUGUUGCCCAAUAUAAAUAAUAUUAAUAAAAAUAUCGAUACAAGUUAUUAUUAAUUUAAUUUUAAAAUGGCAACACUGAUACAAAAGUUAUUAGUGUUCGAAAAUGUGAGAUAAAUUAAGCUGUAAGAAAGUUACCCUCUAAGUAUUACCCGUGUAAUUUAUUUAUUUUAGUUAAAAUAAAAAGCUAAUUUGUA